ACUUCCACCGAGUAACAGCGCGUGCCCGCGGCUGCACGGCGCUAAUUUAGAGUUUAGUAACGAGAAACCCGCAGGGAAUAAGUCGGUGUUAUUACAGACGUGCGGAGGGUCGCUGCUGAGACGUUUGGAGACAUGGAUACAACCUUUACGCACCGUUUUCAUCACUUACUGGACGCGUAAAAGCGCGUUCCGGAGCCGAUGUGUGUGUUUUUUUCUGUCAGGAAGUUUGACGUUCUCGGCUGAAGAUCAUUUCUUGCUUUGUUUUGGUUGUGAGAAGGCUUGUGUGGGCUCUGGACACCGCUCGGCAACUUUGUGACACAAAAGACUGACUUGUUACAGUUUGUGUGUUUUUAUUAUUAUUAUUAUUAUUAUUAUUAUUAUUAUUCCAGUUUGGAUUUGGAGCUCCGCGGAGUCCGAACAUCGAUGGAAUUUAUCCAAAACAAACGGAGUGUUUAACAAACGGGAAAAGUGUUUUUUUUUUCUGCCGUUGUCCUGUUUUUGCUUCUCAAUCGUCCAUCACGUCUGUCUGAAUUAAAUCUUGUGUACUUUUGAUUCAGGCCACAAAGGCCUGUAUGUAUUCUUCUAUGGUGAUAUCCACAUUUACGCCUCGAUGCCAUGCAGUUGUUUGCAGUUCGGUCAUAAAAGCGCAGAUAUCUGCAGCCUAGAGGAUUUUGGACUCAAACCUGGCAACGCAGACGAGGAAAAUCUGCAAACUUAGCAGGAAGAGAGGCCAUCAAAAUCACGGAAAUCGUUCGGUGUUUCCUUCUGGCGAGCCGUUACGCACAAAUGGAUUUCAUACAGGCCACUCGCUUACUGUUACACCUGGUUUUGGGAGUUCUUUAACGCGGUUAUGGGACACGGUUCUCUCUCCGGAAAAGUCUGAAGAGUGACACACCAGAAAAUGUUUGGGAAAUGUGGGUUUUCCAGAGAACCGAAGGGGCUUCAGCAGCGGCGCAAAGCUGGUCUGCGGGCCACAGCUGGAGCGGUUUGAUGUAGCUUCUCUGAACAUUCUCAGCUCACAUCUGUCUGAUUGUUUCUACAACCCGGGAAGAGUCGGUUCGUGUGCGCGCGCGCUCCAACUUUCCGUUACCGAGGACAAGCCCCCCGGUACCUGGGGGGGGGGGCGGGGGGGGGGUGUCAGCCCCGCCAUGGCGCCCUCAGACUCCGGUGUGUCGGUGUGACCGGGGACACCGAUGGACGUGAGCGACGGCUGGACCUACUGCGUCAUCAUUUCUGCCGCGAGACACCGGUGACCGGAGUCGACAGGCUGUCGGUGGGUUGGCACAGCGAGUUUCUGAAGACUGGUUUGCAGACACGCAAACAACGCCACAAUGAAUGAGAGGCAGGCUCUCCACUCCAUAAUGAAGGACCUGGUUGCCCUCCAGAUGACGCGGCGCCAGCCUGUGUUGUCUUACGACAGCGGGAAACCCAAGACAGUGGCACAGGCCAACAGACAGGACGACGUCAGGAUAAAGUUUGAGUUCUCAGGAGAAAGGAGGAUCCUCAUGUUUGGACGGCCCGUGCAGUUCGAGGAGAUUCAGCAGAAAGUAAAGACGGUCUUUAGCCAGCAGCUAGACCUGCAUUAUAUGAACAAUGAGCUGUCCAUCCCUCUGCGAGGUCAGGAUGACCUGGACAAAGCAAUCGACUUACUGGACCGAAGCUCCAACAUGAAGAGCAUCAGGAUUCUGCUCCUCACUCAGGAGCACAGCAACGCGUCCACACCCUCCCAUCAUGUGCCCUGCAAGCAGGUGAGGAUCAAGUCUUCUCAGUCCACUGGAGAUGUCAGCACAGUGUACCAAUCCUCCGAACCCAGGGGACGCCACCUAUCCACUGGUUCUCAGAACACAGGGCGUAGCUCGCCGCCUCCCGGCUACGUCCCCGAACGCCAGCAGAGAAUCGCCCGCCAAGGUUCAUACACCAGCAUAAACAGUGAGGGGGAGUUCAUCCCCGAGACCAGCGAUCAGUGUGUGCUGGAUCCCUGGAGCAGUGCAGAGAACUCGGUUUCUGGAAGCUGUCAGUCUCUGGACAGCAACUCAGACAGCCCCUCACUGAGGAAGUCUCGAAUGCACAGAGCCAAGAGUUACCCAGAUAAUCGACAAGAGUGCUCAGACAGGGAGAAUCAUGUGUAUGACAGGGUGGCAGGGAAAGGAGGCACCUAUCCUCGGAGGUACCACGUUUCCCUGCAUUGCAAGGACCACAGUGAAGGUCGUCGAACAUUUCCACGGAUUCGUCGUCCGCAGGGGAACCUGUUCACUCUGGUGCCGUCACGGCGGUCGCUCAACGGCAGCGAGGAGAGUCUGGGCAGCUGGCAGCUGGUCGAUGCCCAGGGAAGACUGCGUGCUCAGGAUCGCUCUGUGGCCCACAAGUCGCCCAGUGCUCCAGUGACGUGGCGUCGGGGGAAGCUCCUGGGUCAGGGUGCGUUUGGUCGGGUUUACCUCUGCUAUGAUGUGGAUACUGGGAGAGAACUGGCCGCCAAGCAAGUCCAGUUUGAUCCCGACAGUCCCGAGACCAGCAAGGAGGUCAGUGCUUUAGAGUGCGAAAUCCAGCUGCUGAAAAACCUGCAUCACGAGCGCAUCGUUCAGUAUUACGGCUGUUUGAGGGACCACAAUGAGAAGACGCUCACUAUUUUCAUGGAGUACAUGCCGGGGGGCUCAGUCAAAGAUCAGCUAAAGGCCUACGGAGCUUUGACAGAAAAUGUGACCCGGAAGUACACCAGACAGAUCCUGGAGGGGAUGUCGUACCUGCACAGCAACAUGAUCGUACACCGGGACAUUAAAGGUGCCAACAUCCUGCGGGAUUCGGCGGGCAACGUGAAGCUCGGGGACUUUGGCGCCAGCAAGAGGCUUCAGACCAUCUGCAUGUCUGGCACCGGCAUCCGCUCCAUCACCGGCACCCCCUACUGGAUGAGUCCGGAGGUGAUCAGUGGAGAAGGAUACGGCAGGAAGGCUGAUGUCUGGAGCCUGGGUUGCACCGUGGUGGAGAUGCUGACAGAAAAGCCUCCGUGGGCCGAGUACGAGGCCAUGGCAGCCAUCUUCAAGAUCGCCACGCAGCCCACCAACCCGCUGCUGCCCUUGCACACCUCCGAUCAGGCGCGGGACUUCAUCCGCUACAUCUUCGUGGAGGCCAAACACAGGCCCAGCGCCGAGGAGCUGCUCAGACAUCCCUUCUCCCAGAUUCUGUGCUCGGACUUGCCCAGUUUCUGAACUGCAAACCGCAGCGUCGCGCAGAAACUUCAGCAGCAACUGCAGCUUCCAUUAAAACCUUCCCAUGGUGGAAAAUCCAGACAUGGAAGUCACUGUUAAAGAAGAUUCUCACACGCAAAUCCAAAGAACAGUUUUAACACCAGCAGUGGUACCUUGAAAACCAGCAUGUGCUCUUCCAGGAGUCUCCACAAGGGGGAAACAGAACACAGAUGAAGCGUGAGGUGGAUUUGUGCACCCCACGGGUGGAGUCAUAGCUCAUGCACCAGUUGUGUCAUCCUGUGUUUACAUUCAGUUGUUAUGCAGUCGUGAGAAAUACCAGGAAACCCUAAAGUGUUUGACUUUGAAACAUUUAGCUGCGCACCAUUUUAAAGCUACAACAGGCCUAAAGCUCUGAGUUUGCCCAGUGGAUGUUGAACGCCACUGAUGCAAAAAUAGCGUUACUUAGACAGGGUUGUUCUCCAGUUUUUCUAUCUGUGUCAUUUUUCUACACAAAGACAUCUCUGCUCUUCAGCUUCGGCUUUUUGUUUAAGCUAUUUGGGACACACUUUUUGGUUUCAGCCUCUUCAAAUUCAGAGAACAGGUGUGGUUUAGCACAGUUUUUAAGAAUGGCAACCACAAAGUCAGCAUCUUCCAUAAAAACUAGGGCCAGAUUGUGAUUCUGUUAUUACCAUUACAUUUCAACAGCAUCCAUUUCUCUGCAAAGUGAUUGUGCAAUAGUCUCUUUAACAAAAUGGAUUUCUACAUCCUUAAAUGCUAAAAAAUAUUUUGCUCACUGCAUGAUAAAACGUUUGAACCCUCUUCUUUCUCAAGUUCCAGCUCUGUUUCCUCAUCCAGACAGCCUUUUUUAAAAAUAUACAAAGUGGCAUUUUGUUUGGAAAUCUGAAAUAGCAUAAAGUAGCAAUAAAGACAAAUGUAAUUUCAGACCAAUUUCAUUCACAGAAUAUAAAUUAUACAAAGGCAUGUGUCAUUUCUACCAUCCUUUUUUAGAUCAAGAAACUGAGUCAUGACUUGAGAAAUGAGUUAUUGUGCAGCAAGCAGAAUAUUUUUUCAUCCAGGUAUUGUUUUGAAAGCAAAUUUGCAGGUUUUUCAAAGAUAAUCAAGUAUUAAUUUUCUGAGAAGCUUUGCUCAGUGACUUGUAGCCAAGGCAUUAAAACCAAAGGUAACCUGAAUGACAACCAUUAUCUCAUUACAAUGCAAUGUUCUGCUGAAAGACUUUGGGUAUCACAUACUUAAACACUGUUGCAGACUUUGCGCAUCCCUUCAUGGCAGCAGUAUUCCCCAAUGGCCUCUUUCACCAGCAUAAAAGUCUCUGCCACACUGCAAACGUUGUUCAGGAACGAUAUGAGGAACACAACAAAGAUCUUGGGCCUCUGGUUUUAAUGUUUUGGCUGAUUGAUGUAUGUUGAUGAUGUAAAAAAAAGCACUCCCCUCGCCAUCUCUAUCAGUGUCUGUCUACCUGUACAACUACCUAGUUUGCCACACUGCCUUAAUGCAUCCACGAAAUUUCAGAGAACAGGUGCAUUUCUUACAGCCUAGAAAUAAGAAUUUAAUAAUCGGGGUGGAUUUUUCCUUCCAAAGAGCUCAUAUUAUGAAUACAUUUUUAGUUUAUGUGAAAGAUCUGUAGCCUUUCAAAGCCCAGACAGGAAGAAGAGGUGCUGUAGCAUGUUUUUUUUUUUUUUUUUAAUUAAAGCAUGUAAACAGAUUAUAGUAGGUCCAAAAAAUCAAAUUCUAAACUUCUAAGUGUGCAUAAUAUGGGCUCUUUAAGAUGUUCUUUUUAGCUGGGCUCUUCCAGUCUUGUUCUGCCUCUCACCUCACUGUGACUUCUUCUUCUACCAGACAACCAUCUUCCUCUUGUAGCUAGAUGUUCAAUAUCGCAGAAGUUCUCAGCCGACAAAGUGCCAAAACGGGCAGAUAAAACAUUAUGCUGCAGACUUGGUGUCAGUUUAAUAUCAAAAGUAAAGCAGAUGAUGCUUUUUUGUUGAUUUAAAGGUUUAAACUGAAGGCCUUAAUUUUCUCUGUUGCCUUCUUCCUGUUCAUGUGUGUCUGGCCCAAACUGAGAAGCAUUAGCUUCAGGAUCAAUUCAAAUCAGAUGCACUUUGAUGUAAAAUGAAUGUUGUGGGGUUUUAUUCAAAUUUCUCUUUUUUUUAAUGUCAAAUGUGAAAAUUCGUUCUCUUUUAUUUAUAUCCCCACGUCUAUUCCAAUUUGAUUUUAUAAGUAAAUAUAAAUGUAUAAAUAUAUUUUUUAUAUUCAGACUGUGUCAAAUCUAAUGAUACUUUCAGGACUUAGUGUUGUUAAAAGUAAAUCAUUGAAAGCAGCUGGUUUUGCAGACAUUACAAAAUUGGGGUUUAUAAAUGAAAAAUGGGUGGAAAAACGAACUCUGGCUGCCUGGCUCUUGUUCCAGCGCAGAUUUUUUUUUUCUCACACAUCCUUAGCUAUACAUUCAGAUGACAGUAUUACCUGACAAGUUAUGGAAACUUCACAUCACUGGCCGUGGAGCUUCGACAUAUCUAUGAUGUCCCAUGAAUGAAACUUUUAAAGGCUAAACUUAGAGACUGCUGGGAAUAUUUCAUGUGUGAUCUCAGUGUUAUUAAAACAUAAUUAACGGGUGUGUGUGAGCCAAAGACAAGCGGGAUCGGAGCCAGCGCUGGAUGUCAGAGUUCGCUGUUCAACCCAGACGACGACUUUGUUUAUCCCGGGGUUCAGACAACGAGUCCAGUAUUCAGUGAUUUUCUGGGCAAAGGGCUUGCUGCUGCCUUAAUGGUAAUACAGGAGUAUUUCUACAGGGCUGCUACAUGCUAAAGGCAGCUAAAAUAUGUUCAGCGUUGAAAAUGAUGUGGUUCUUUUUAAUAAAAAAGGACCCUGGGAUAAGCAAAUGAACAUGAAAUAGUUGUUAGAAAUCUAUAUAUGUAAAUGUAUGAUAUGUAUCAUGACAAGACUUGCAGUGCAAAGUCUAAAGUAUCAAAUUUAUUUUACAGCAAGAAAAGAAUAGUAUGUUAUAUAUAUAUAUAUAAUUAUGAAUGUAUAUGUCAUGCCCUUUCGCGAAAACAAAUAAAUAGUUUUUAAAUAUGUGUA